AUGGACGCUCUCGCAUCUGAACCGUCGGCGUGCUCCUCGAGCCAAAAGCGGCCAAUUAAGGUGGCCAUCAUCGGCGGCGGCAUCUGUGGCGUUGCCCUCGCAGUCGGCCUGGGAGAAUACAAGCACAUAGACUUUCACAUCUAUGAGAAGGCGCAAAUGUAUAGCGACGUGGGGGCCGGGCUGUCCCUCCACAAGAACGCCAUUGCCGCAAUGAACCUCAUAAGCCCAAAGCUCUUCAAGGCCUAUCAGCAAAAGGCUGUGGAUAUCGGCGAGGAGGAUCAGGAGAUGGCGACCGAAGUCAUCCUGGCAGCCGGGAGACACAAGGGCCUCAAGGUUGGCGAGCUCGGACGGGCCAAAGGACGCAAGUCCAUCAGUCGUGCCGACCUCCUCAAGGGGUUCCUUGACCUGGUUCCCAAGGAGAAGAUCAGCCUCGCGAAGCAGGUUGUGAGGAUCUGGGAAACCCACCAGGGGAGCGAACGCUCCACCACCGAUUCGGUCGCACCCUACGCCGAAGAUUCCGCCACGAAUGACCACCCCAUUCACAUCACAUUUGCGGACGGCAGCCGCGCCCACGCCGACGUCCUCAUCGGCUGUGACGGCAUCCACUCGAGUGUGCGGUCCUAUCUCCUGGGCGAAAAUCACCCUGCCACAAAGCCAAAGAACAAAGAUAAGUGGCAGGUCUAUCGCACCCUCAUCCCGACCGAAGACGCGAUCGUGCAUUGGGGGAUUGACCCGAAGUUGUGCGGGACUGUACCGAUUCUCCUCGGUCCGCGGGGCCACAUCAAUAUAAUCCCUAUGAAUAAGGGCAAAAUGCUGAGUGCUGGUGUAGCCGUUCGCGGCGCUGCCCCUCCGGAGUCUGUCGCCGGUCCCUACUCUGGACCUUCCUACGCCCCUGCCUCAUCUUCCACCAUCCCUCCCACCCCGUCGUCUUCUGAUGAUCAGGGCGGCAUUGUGCCGUGGUUGUGGCUGGCAACUCUUAACAACACCACUGUCGGCGACAUCUUCUCCGACACCAAUGGCGCCAGUUCGUCCAAUUCCGACAACUUAAUCCAAGUACCUCCUCCCCCCUAUCAGAGCCCCAGCCAGCCUUGCAUUAGACCCACGGUGUCACAGGGCCCACCGCCAUCACAGCUCAAUCCCUACAAAUACAAAGACUACACCCUCGAUGCCCAAAGGAUUGUCUUCAUGGUUGCCCAAGACACGUCCGCUUCCUGGGCCGUUGCCGACCAUGACCACGCUCCGUACUACGCCCGCCGCUGCGUCGCCAUGGCCGGCGACGCCGCUCACGCCGCGCUUCCUUUUGCGGGCAAUGGUGCGGCGCAAGCACUCGAGGACGCGGCCGUCCUGACCCAUUUGCUGAGAGCGGUCCGAAACACCGAGGACGCAGAGGCGGCCCUUUGGGCGUACGAGAACGCGCGCAAGGAGCGGUCGCAGAAGGCAGUGGAGAUUGCGCGCGAGUACGGCAGGGUGUAUUCGUUCUCUCCGGUCUGUUACAACAACAAAUGGGUCAAUCUGCACGAGAAGCCGGAUGUGAUGAUGGGGUGGUUCAAGCAGCAGGCGGCGUUUACGAACGAGUUCAACGUUGGGAUGCAGAACACGUGGGCGGACAAGCUGUUUGCCAUGGAGAUGAGACGGAGGCAGAGGGCGGCGAGGAUGCAGAGUGAGGAGCAGAAGCCGGACCAGGGAGGUCAAAGAACUAAGGCCGGGACCGGGAUGACGCCUCAUCCGGAGACGAAGAGGACGGACGAGGUCAAGAAUGAGGAGCUAGUAACCCCGGCGCCGACCAUGGGGGAAGGCACGUUGCCGACAUCGGAAUGGGAGUCGCUUGGGAAGCUCAAGAAAGGAGGAGGGGAGGAAGGGGGGCAUGCUGCUGAACAGGAGGCAGGCAAACCUCCUGGGGAGGUGGAGGUAAAGGAAGUUGUGAAUGACGAUGACGACGAUGGGGAACGCGUGGAAAGGGAGGAAGCGAAUGAUGAUGGCGAUAUGCACGGCGUGCAAAGUGUGGGAAGCGCGGACAGUGAGUAUGAUUUUGUCGACGAUUACUUUGAUGACGCGGAUGACGAGUUUGAAGAUGGAAUCGAUGAUGACUCGGAUCUUUAA